AACUGAGUCAGAAUGUAACAGCUAAACUCCAUAAAUAAAUUGUUCCUACUUUCACACGCUUUAAAAAGUACUUUCAGAAUUGACCGGUUGGUCUCUAUCAGAUCUUGGCCUCACUAAUAAAUUAUAAUCGUUCAUUUCCUUGACUCUCUUGCCAUUCCUAUUCUCUCUCAAAUCAAUUUCAAAAAUCCAGUUCCAGUACAAUUUCUCAUUCACUUACCUUUGUUCUUUGUCUAAUCUAAUUGAUUACCCCUCUUCCUUUCAGAUCUACUCUACCAUCUAUAUACCCAAAUUAUGACGGCUCUCAUGACCAACAUAGGAGCCUCAUCUUUCAACAACCGAUGCAGCUAUGAUGUGUUUCUGAGUUUCAGAGGUGAAGAUACACGCAUGAAUUUCACUAGUAAUUUGAAUGGAUUUUUGAAUAUGAUGGGUAUCAACACUUUCAUAGAUGAUGACCUGCCGAGGGGAGAAGAAAUUUCUGCCAAGCUUCUUGAAGCCAUUGAAUGUUCAAGAAUUUCGAUAAUUAUAUUCUCUGAAAACUAUGCAUCUUCCGCCUGGUGUUUGAAUGAACUUGUUAAGAUUCUUGAGUGUAAGAAAAAUGGUCAAAUGGUACUUCCGGUUUUUUAUAUGGUAGAUCCUUCAGAAGUGCGUAAUCAAAAAGGGAAGUUUAGAGAAGCUUUAGAGAUGCAUGAAGAAAAAUUCAAGAAUAAUAUGGAAAAGGUGCAAAGAUGGAGGGCAGCUUUAAGUGAAGCCGGUAGUUUAUCGGGUUUGCCCUACAAGGAUGAUUGUGCUCAAUUUGAAUUUAUCCAAGAAAUUUAUAAAGUGAUCUCAAGUGCUAAAUUAAGUUGCGCGAAAUUAUUUGUUGCAAAAUAUCCAGUUGGGAUAGAUAAUCGUUUAAAGGACGUCAUAAAUCGGUGUUUAGAUAUUCAUUCAAAUAGUUGUUGCAUCGUAGGGAUCUAUGGCCUUCCUGGAGUGGGUAAGACAACAAUUGCAAAAGCUAUUUUCAACACAAUUCAUUAUAAUUUUGAUGGAAGCACCUUUCUAGAGAAUGUUAGAGAACGGUCGAAGACAAAUGAUGGCAUACUCCAACUACAAGAGAAACUUUGUUAUGAAAUCUCAGGGAAUAGAAAUUUGAAGGUGGGGAUAUCUAGAGGAAUCAAUGUGAGAAUCAAAAGGCUUCAUCGUAAGAAGAUUCUUGUAGUUCUUGAUGAUGUGGAAAAAUUGGAUGAAAUAGAUAAAUUGCUUGAAAAUUAUGAUUGGUUUGCUUCUGGAAGUAGAAUCGUUAUAACAACAAGAGAUAGACGCUUGCUAGAUACUCUUCCAAAAGAUUGGCAUGUAACGUACUACAAGGUUGAGGAACUAAAUGAACAUGAAGCUCGUGAGCUUUUUGUUAAACAUGCCUUUGGAAGAAAUAAUGCCAAGGAAGAAUAUUUUGAACUUGUUGACCAAUUUAUACAUUAUGCCAAAGGCCUUCCUUUAGCUCUAAAAAUAAUUGGUGCAAAUUUGUAUAAAAGAACUAAACGUGAAUGGAAAAGUGCAUUAGAGAAAUAUAAAAUAAUUCCUGAGGGAGCUAUUCAAGAAAUACUCAAAAUAAGCUAUGAUGGAUUGGACCAAGCUCAACGGGAUAUUUUUCUUGAUAUUGCAUGUUUCCUUAAAGGAUUCCACAAGAAUCGUGUUGUAGAUAUACUAAGCAGCAUCAAUUUCUAUGAACCAGAUUAUGAUAUUAAAAGACUAAUUGAGAAGUGUCUCAUAACUGUUACUGAAGAUGGCGAAUUAUCGAUGCAUGACUUGAUUCAACAAAUGGGUUGGGAAAUUGUUCGAGAAGAAUCACCACAAGCGGUCAAGAAACGUAGCAGGUUAUUGUGUUAUGAGGAUGCUUGUGAAGUAUUAAUUGAAAAUACGGGGUCAAAUGAAAUUCGAGGCAUAACGGUGCAUUUGCCUGAACCAAAAAACAUGCGGUUGAAUCUUGAAAAGAUGAAGAAUCUAAAAUACUUAAAAGUUCGUAAUGUAAUUUGUGAAGACCUGGAAUUUCUUCCUAAUGGGUUAAGGUUACUUGAUUGGAAUAAAUUUCCUUUAUCUUCCUUGCCAUCCACCUUUGAACCUAGAAACCUCGUUGAACUCAACAUGCCAUGGAGUCACAUUGAAUUGGAUGAGCAUUUUGAGAGGUGUCGGUUCGAAAAAUUGAAAUAUAUGGAUUUCAGUUUUUGUAAAAAUAUUACAAAAAUACCUGACUUAUCGGUGAUUGCCCCAAACAUAAAGGAGAUGGAUUUUAAUAAAUGCAUAAAUUUAGUUGAGGUACAUCAGUCCAUUGGACUUCUUGAAAAGCUUGAAGCGUGGUGUCUCAACCAAUGCCAAAAUCUUAAAAUUUUACCAAGAAACCUCCAGUUAAAAUCUCUUGAAUGUUGUUCGCAUCUCUAAUUUACAAAAUCUUAGGCGGCUCUGGAUAUCUGAUUGUGAAAAUUUACCAAGAGCUAUGUAUACUCCGGUUUGCUUCCCCAAAUUAAAAUCUUUAUUUAUCAUUUCCAGCAACAUCACUACUCUCCCUGAAAUUGCUAACAUAUUUCCGAAAUUAAAGCAUCUUGUUAUUCACUGUUGUUGUAACUUACGAGAAAUUCCAAGACUUCCACCAUGUAUACAACUUGUACAAACAGAAGGGUGCAGUUCGUUGAAUUCACAAUCAAGAAGAAGAUUAUUGAAUCAGUUUGGAAAAAUUAUAGGUCUUCCACAAAGUUUAGUAUGUGCAAGGAGGAUACAUCAUCAGCAUUUUGUAUCUGAAGCUAACUUUGAAUCAGAAUCAGAAUUUGAUUUUGAUGAAGCUGCAUCUGAAACGGGCUCUUUAUCUGGAACGGAUUCUAAUCAUGAAACGGACAACAAAUCUGUAUCGGAAUUUGAACUCGAUGAAGCUAUAUCUGAAACGGACUCCACAUCUGAACUUGAUGAUGAAGAUGAUAGAGAUACAUAUAACCUUACACUUCCAGGAACUAAGAUUCCAACGUGGUUUAACCACCAAAGUGUUGGAAGUUCCGUAUCAUUCAGGAUCGGUCGGAAACUUCCAUCAGUUGCUUUAUGUGUUGCUUUCAAUGUGGAACGGAAGGAUAUUCUGUCAGAUCCAUUGGAAUCGUUUGAUUGUUCUGCCUAUCUUUCAUUCUAUGGUUUUGAAGAAUUGCUUGAGUCUCACAAAAUUUUUAUGGAUUCAUCAUUAUCUUUUAUGUGGUUUUGCUUUAUCAGAGCAAGAGUAUUGAAAAGAAUAAAUUUAGAUGAAUGUAAUGAUGUUAAGCUUCGAUGUGAAUUUUCAGAUUGUAAUCCUAAAUUAGCAAAAGUUUCCAUAGAAAGCUGCGGGGUGCAUGUAGCAUGCAUAUGUCCUCCCCUUCAGAUUUCUGAUGUAGAUGAAAGAUUGAGAAUGUUUUGAAGCAGAGUUGAGGUCCUGCUCCACCCCCUCAAGCAAAUGCGCAUCAAAUUCUCAAAAAACCAAGAUGCCCAUUGCCCUCUCUGUGAGAUAGCAGAAGAUUCCCUAUUACAUCUAUUUCAAACCUGUCCCCUACGCCAAAGGAGUAUGGUAUUGUGGUGGUUUUCGAGUCGAAAUGAUCCAAGCUCACUCUGUUAUGGAAUUUGUUGAACGUAUAAUUGACCCCCCAAGUGAGUUACUUGUUGAAAGAAUUCCCAAAGAUAACUUCACACUGUAUGCAGUAGUGGCAAUGAAAAUACUUUGGGUGGCACGAGAGGAAGCUUUGUUUUCAAACACUAAAGCCAGCAUAAAUCAGUUAGCCUGUCAUCUAAACAAACAGUAUGACUUUUACUUGAGAUCACUUGGGAUUCCAGGGGUAACUGAAGAGCAAACCAGGGGAAGUAUUUGGAUGAGUCCACUUCAGCAAUGGGUAGCAACAGUUUUGACUAUGUGGCAAGAUGUUGUGCAAUAAUGUAGGCAUAGCCUUGCAAAAUGGGCCAAGAUGAAACAAGAAGGGAUACUGUCCCCUUGUAAAUGAGAUGCUGACUUCAAUCCAUGUCUGCUAUGCUAUGGAAGAUUCUUGAUUCAACUACUAAGAAACUUGCCAAGAUUCUCCUUAUGAUUCUGUUCAAUUUAUAGAAUGGUCUCCUAGUUAUUGCCUUCCUGCCUUUACUAAAAGCUAAUCUUCUUGAUAUGAUUACUAUUUGGACUCAGCCUUUUCAAAGGCCAGCUAAUCUGGUAUGUCAUGUUAGCUGCUGGCAGCUUGAGCAUGGAAACAGGAUAUUGUAGUUGUUACAAUGUGGCUAUCAGGGGUGUCUCUGUAUUGUUUCUCCAAAAUCUGAUUUAGGAGGUCUAGGCCUAUGCUUAUGGCCUAAGUGGAAUCUCCAUUGGUAGGAGCUUCAAAAUUAGAAUCUUCUAGUGUUGAGAGCAUCCCUCUCAAGUCUUGAACUCUAAAGCUUGGUUUUAUUUUAAAGAAAAAACUUGGGUCUUCUUCGUUAAGAAAAGCACUUUGCGUUUGCGCAGACCAACAAUCCCAAAGCAAAGCAAAGACUCAGAGACACAGUGAGAGAGAGAGAGAGAAUCCAAAGCACUGUAAAUAACCCAGAAAGCAUCAAUCAGCAAAAAAGUGGCAGAUGAUGCGGCGGUGGAGGUCUCUGUACCCGAAUGCACCACCAUUCCCUCCGGUGACGACUCGAUUUGGGCUGACGUGUCGCCUCUUCCUGAAUCCGCAUGCUAAGGUCCUACUCUCAUCUUUAUUAGAUAAUAAAGAUUGUGGCCAAAUCUGUGUUUGAAGCUAUGACUUAUGAGCUAUUGGAAUGUUGGUAAUAAUGUUUUCAUUGCCAUAAAGCAACCAAGGAGCCAGACAAUCUGCUAUGUCAUGUUAGCUGCUGGCAGCUUGAGCAUUAAUGGAAACAAGAUAUUGCAGCCGUUACAAUGUGGCUAUCAGGGGCGUCUUCGGUACAAAACUUGGAAUAAUUACAAUGGCAUCUCCAGCCUUAUUGAAUCAUUAACUAGGAAACAAUAAUGGAGGUGAAUUGUUCAAAUAACAAAAUACAUGUUUUCUGUGCGGAUAAAUAUACCCACAUAUGGCAACAAUUCCAACAGAUUAAAAGGAGACUGGGUGGAGAUGUGUGAUAAAGACCAUUUCAACUGAAAAUCCCCAACUCAUCACUACUAUAUUCAAUGCUUUUCCCGCUGCAAACUUUGACUUGUUGUCUUGUUUUCAAUUCUUAGUCGGUAAGACUGGAUUGCUGCUUGCACCUGUUCUGUUGUCUCUGAAUUUGUUGUGACAAUUGAAACUAUUAGAAAAGGAUUUGUUACUGUAAUGAUGGGUGGUAUUAGAAAUGAAACUAUACAUUAUCUCCAUUUUUACUUUCUAGGUGAAACCUUAAUUUGUUACUGUCUCUGCCUCUACCCACUGUUUUGUAUCCCAUGAAACAAACUAUGAAAUUGAAUAAAUAUGGACUCUUCUGUAGCUUUCUUUUCCUCAUCAAUGAUUCAUAUUCCAUGCCUUCCUCACCUUUGUCUAUUAUUUUGCUAUGGUAUAAAAAGGUAACAACUAAAGAGAAAAGCAGACUAAAGUGAUUUAUCUAACUAUAAUAAGAAAUGGUAAAGAGUUUUGAUUAUAUAUUGCUAAACCCCAAACAUAAUAAAUUGCAUACUAUUUUAAUGCAAAAGUUAAUCUUGCAAUUCACAUGCAAUUUAUCUUAGAAGAUAAGAUAAUGUAAGAGUUGUGGGCUUGUAGCCAUUUAAUCCCCAUGUGAGACUUCGUAGGUUGAACCUCGCAACCAUUCAUCAUCCCUGCUAUAGUGCAUUUAACCAAUUACUUCACAACAGGUCUUGAGGCCUUGAUGGGUCCACUACGUAUGCUCAGUUACAGCAGGAGCGAUGAACUGCAAGAAGGGUUGUCUAAUUAUGAAAUCGAUACUAUGUAAAAGGCCAAAUUUCCAACAGGAUAACUUGACUAUUGAUGAAGAAAGUGUUAAGUUACCUUGGGUUAAGUAGUUGAGCUUGCCCAACAAUGGAGAGUGUAGUAAGGGGCUUGCGGUCAAACAAACUAGUUUUCUAACAUAUUGGGAGAGUGAUAAGAAGAUUUUUGCAAUAUUUGGUUAAUUGGAACAAGAAGAUUACUACCACAUGUUUCAGGGGCAAUUAAGUGCAAACACUUGUUUGGAGAUGUUAAAUGAGGUUAAUGUGUGUCAUGUGGAGGCAUUGGUGUUUGUCAUGGUCCAGAAUAGCAAGAAGUUAUGCUGCCACUAAGUGUACUAUUGUUUCAUAUAAUUAUAGUGUGAAAACACUGUUUACCAUAGUGAGGACUUGCAUACAUGACCACAACUGCAAUUUCAUAAGUAGGGGUUGAUUAAUAAUUCUUUUCCUGUAAUUUUUGGUAAUUAAAUCCCAAAUUAUGUAAUUGGUGUACAUGGGUAUUGUUAUAAUUUAAGGUGUAAUUAAAAAUUGUGAAAUGCAUUUCUGUAUUUGUAAAGCUGUAAUGCAAAAAAUUGCACGCAAACAGCUCAUGUACCCCAUUGAUUAGGCUACAUAUGUAACAGAACAAAUGUCCAAAUGUUGUCAUGUAGAUUUCUGACACAAUUUAUUUGCCUUGUGAUGAUUCAUUUUCUGGAGAAGCAUAACCAUGUCAAUUAUAUUAUCAAUCCUCUUGCUAGAGUUAUAUUUGUUAUGCUAUUUAUUUGAGAUUUUUUUUUUAAAAAAAAAAAUUUUGAAUUGAAUGUUGCUAAUAAUUUGUGUAAUCCACUACGUAGAGUUGCAUCCUUAGGGAACAGGUAAUAUAUAAUGAUCCUGUGUUGAAAAUAGGAUUGCCAUGGAAAUGUAUCCUACCCUAUCUAUUAGUGUCAUGGUAAUUGAGUAACAAGUUAACUAUUUAAAUUUUAGUUCCAAAUGCUUGGAUUCUGAAUAAAUUGGAUUUUCCAGUGAAUUGUACUUGGCAUGUUGUCAAAGGAUUAUUGAUGUCUUCAAGGGGUUAAUGCAAAUGUUCUUAUCAAUGUGUCUCAAUCUGCACUAUAUCCUACUUGUUGCUAAUUGAAAGAACAAAGUGUUUAACUUUUGGAUUCUAUACCAUUGUCGGUACAUCAAGGCUAGGACAAAGUUGGUAUGUAUUACUACACAAGAUGCACCUACACCUGUCGUAUAUGCACAAACUCAUGCCAUAUAUCCUCUAUAGUAGUCAUACAAAUAAAGUACAUGCAACAAGUAAUUUAUGGCUAUAAGUCGUGAUUUUUACAUCCCUCCCAUGUUUGUAUGAGGAGGUUCAACACACUCAAUGAUACCAUAUGUUGACAAACUACAAUUCAUAUAAUUAUUAAGAGUGCUCAACUUUCCAUAUUUCAAAUAUAGAAAUAGAAGAUCAAAUUUCUAUUUGAACUUGCCUCCAGAAACCUAGGAAACAAGAAAAGUUUGUCUUAUAAAGAGGUUAGUGUACUCUCUAUUUUGUAAAAGUAGCAAGUACAUGAAAAGAAAAGGUAAAGAGUUGAUACAAAUGACUCCUACAUAUUUUGUAAUUGGUUUUGUAAAAUAUAGAAUGUGUCAAUGUUUAAUUUUGACAGUGUAGGUGUGUGUGUAUACAAAUACAAGUUUGGGCAUGUACAGAACGUCAUUGAUAUUGGUUUGCACGAAACAUUUGCAACAUGAAGAUGUCAAUAAUUGGAGGUUCAUAUCCAUGGAUACACCUCCAAAAUUCCAAUACAAGAUAAAUUCAUUUAAGAGAGUUUAGUAACCACGGAGACCAUGAUUCAACCGUCAAAUAUGAGCAGUUGGGUUAAGUGUGUUAAUUCUGAUCCACCUUCAACCAUAUUGCAAUUGGAGGUGCCAUGUUGGGAACUUGAGCUUAUAGCUUGGUUACUAGAAGAAGAAUAAAUUUGAAGUUGACUUGGAAUAAAUGCCCACAUCACGAUCAUCAUGUAGUUCUGCUGUGAUCAGCUUGUUGUGAGCAGUCCUCUAAUCAAGGGCAGGAUUAGGUGCAAUGCAAUGGGGCAGCCUAGCCUUGGCAGACAACUUUUGCUAUGUCAAGAUUGGUCGGUUCCUGUCAUGGUUGAAGGAUGUGGCAAAUGAAAAUCUAAUGGGUUAGAGGUUAUGCGAGGGCCAUUGGAGCAACGUUGCUGCAGAACUUUGGGCCUUAGAGGGAUGGGAUUCACUUAUGUAUUUCCCUCAAAUUGCCGGCAGUGGAAAUUGAGCUAGAUGCAAAGCUGGUUGUUGAUCUCUUGAAAAAGGAAGUUGGGAACCCAAAUGGUAAUGAUGCUUUUGUGGCUAACUGUAGAGAAGGAUUGAAGGAGAUUUGUCUAGUUAGAGUUCAACAAUGCUACCGAGAAGCCAACAAAUAUGCUGAUGCACUAGCUAAAAUGGGAGCCCUUCUAUCUCAGGAUUUUGUUGUUUUUGUAGAGCCCCCAUCAGAUGUAUGACCGUCAUGUUUACUCCUUUUGGAGGUUGCUUAGUUGUUAAUGAUAAUUUCCUUUCCACCAAAAAAAAGAAAAAGAAAAAAGAAAAUCUAAGUGGCAUGACACUUGUUUUAUUUGUAAAUCUAGAGAUUGGUGCAAGGUACAUGCUGGUUGUUAGCAUUGGCUUAUUACUACUGUUAUUAGGCUUUCCAUUAAGGAGGCCUUUUUAAAUGUGGUACAGAGAGGGUACUGGUGAUUUUGGUCUUCACAAAUGGCACAGCUGUAUUGACAUUUAUUGGUUGAACUCUACUAUUAUAUUGUUCAUCAGAAGCAUCAGCAGCAAGUUGAAAUUUUUUUGCAUCAAACAGGAGGAUAGGAGGUUGUCUCUCGAGCAGCAGACACACAAAGAUGAAAGCUUGACUACUUUGUUUUUGUUUUGGUUUGGUUUUAUUUAUUUUUCCUGGUUUUGGCUGGAUUGAUGUAUAGAUACAAACUUGGGGUUUUAUGAUGUAAUUAACAAGAACACUAUUUUACUUCUUUGAUAGUACAUUAGUACUAAUAGAACAGUAGAUUUACUAUU